AUGGAGAAUUACAAAGUAGGUCAAUCGAACAUUCUGUACAUUAUGGCCACUAGACCUCCCCUUUCGCCUCCGGUGAACGAGACGGAGCAUUCCGUCAGCCGGAUCACUCGUGAAGGCAAAAGGAUCACAUACAAGCUCAAUGUUAUGCAACAGCCUGAACGUGCAAGAGCAUGCGGUGCCGGCGCCAAAUCAUCUGCGGACCGCCGCCCUGUUGAUCCCCCACCGGUUGUCGAGUUGCGUAUCUUCGAGUCCGAUCCGAACGAUGACGCUGGAUACUUCAUCUUCCCCGACCUUUCCGUCCGGCAUGAGGGUAUCUAUCGGUUGAGUUUCCAUUUGUACGAGGAGACCAAGGACAGCAAGGAUGCGGAUGAAAGCGCACCGAUUCGGUCACCUAUGAUGAAGGGGAAGCCCUCAAUUCCCAAAUCGUUCUUAAACUUCCGUCUCGAAGUCGUCUCGGUCCCGUUCACGGUUUUCAGUGCCAAGAAGUUCCCCGGUCUGACCACCAGCACUUCCUUGAGCCGGAUCAUUGCAGAACAAGGUUGCCGGGUCCGUAUCAGGCGCGACGUCCGUAUGAGACGACGUGGCGACAAGCGAUCUGACGACUACGACUUUGAUGAGGAACGCUCCCACCGCGGCCGUAUUCCGGAUCGGUAUUCAACCCCUGACGCCUACGCGAACCCUGUUGAGCGUCCACGAUCGACCAGCAUUGGGUCCGUGGACCCUGCUUUCUCCUAUGGGCCUGAGGCUUCUCGUCGGCCAUCUGCCACGGAGUACGGCUUCUCAAAUCCUCAAGCUUAUCCACGAGCGAUCCCGCCGGCGCCUGCUCCUGCACCACCGUCCUCUUCUACACCCACUCCAGUUGCUCCCAUCGCGCCUUCUCGCAGUUCCUCUUACACUUCGCAUCUUUCAUUCGGCGCGACGCGGACUCAGUAUCCAGCCCCGCAGCUACCUGGCACUCCUCAGUCCGCAACCACGCCAACCCAGGUUUAUUCUCCUCAUCCCACUUAUACUCACGCGAGGAACCCGUCAACAAGCACUGAAUACGAGCCGAUGCCCUCUGGCUAUCCUCCCUCCCGAUUGCCGGCGGAGCGUUCUACCUACUCGAAGCCCUUGCCACCUAUCCGCGUACUGCAACAUUCAGAUCCUACCACAUAUCGAGCCAUGGCCAAUCCUGUGCCACCUCGCGCUCAAACUCCCUCCAACGCCGCUCCUUCACUUCCGCCCAUCGCCUCCAUCUCCGCCGAAUACUCGAAUAAUCUGCCGCAGCCACCGAGCAAUCUGGCGCCUAGUCCGAACCGGGAACCCAGGGGAUUCUUGUGGGACACCCGCGCGGCAGCCUCGUCGAAGCGACCUCAUGAGGAUGCGUUUGGUCAUAGCGAGCGCCCACUCUACAAUGGCAUGCGGCCCGACAGCGACAGCUACCCCAGCGCGGACCGCAGGCCGUCGGAUGUUCACCGGGCGACGCUACUCAGCGACCGGGACGAAAUGGCAUACAAGCGGGCCAACGGUCGGAUGGCCACCAAAAUAUCUCCGGCCAUCUAA